AUGUCGUUCCAUUUUAAAUUUCAAUACGAUACUGAAUUAGUACCACUUCGAAGAUAUAUGAGGAAUUUCGGUCGUCGUGGUAGCGAUUUUUAUGGUAAUCGAUAUGAUCAUCCAAAUCGAUAUAAUCAAUAUUAUUUUGAAGAUCGAAACAAUAGAUAUAAUCCAAAUUUUUAUCGUCAUAAUUAUGAACCACGACACUGUGAAGCUUACUCAGUAAAAUUAGUGAAAUUAAUUCGAAAUAUUGUAACACCAACAUGUCGAAUAUGGAAUUUAUAUGGGCCAGCUGAAACGACUAUUGGUUGUAUAUCUCAUAUUGUUGAUAUUACGUCCGACACAAAGAGCAUUCCAAUUGGAGGUGCAUUACCUAAUUACCAAUGUUUGAUUUUGGAUAGUUGGUUACAGUGUGUUGUUAUCUCGCAAGAAGGCGAAUUAUACGUUGGAGGUGUCGGCGUUUUUGCUGGUUAUCUAGGACGUAAUGAUUUGACAGCAAAAGCACUUAUUAUGAUAGACAGUGAUAUAUUUUAUCGAACAGGUGAUCUUGUUAAAAUGGAUCACAAUGGCCUUCUUCAUUAUCGAGGGAGAAAAGAUCAUCAAAUCAAACUACAUGGACAACGUAUUGAGCUUGGAGAAAUUGAACAAUGUUUACUUAAUACAUCAGUUUCUGCUUGUGUUGUCAUUAAAUGGGAUGAUGAUCAUUUAAUUGCUUAUGUUCAAAGCUCUGACAUCGAUGCAGAACAAUUACGCAAACAUUGUCAAACUCAUCUUCCACCUCAUAUGGUUCCAUCAUUAUUUAUUGUACUUGACAAAUUACCUCUGAAUGCAAAUGGAAAAAUAGAUCGAAAACAAUUACCAUCACCAAACUUUGCAUUACUGUCAUUACCUAGCAACAGCGACCCGCAUACAGAGCCGAAUAAUGUUUUAGAAGUGCAAAUUCAUUCACUUUGGUGUGAAAUUCUUCAGCGUCCAAAUAUAUCGACUAAUAUGAGUUUCUUCAGCAUUGGCGGACAUUCUCUUCUUCUCAUGCAAUUGUUUCAUCGUUAUAAGAUGAUUUUUAAUCUGGAUACCAGUAAUGUCAAUAUGGCGCAACUGAUUCAAUAUUCUACAAUAUCUGACCAUGCACAACUCAUCAAUAAUUCGAGAGGUUGUAUACAACAGGAUGAAGCACCUUGGCUCUUGUUGUAUUCCAGUUUAGGUAACAGUCUAUUUUUGGUAAUCGAUGGGUUACGUUCAGUAUAUUUCAUUCUGUAA